CCCCCCCCCCCACCUUCCUUUUUAGCUUUUCCAUGUUACAAAAAGAAGUGCUUUUUUCCUUUUUCCUGACUACCAUCCUGCUCCAGUCUUUUGUCCCUUUCUAUCUUUCUUGCAUUUUUUCUGGUAAAAAGCAAACUGACGUACUAACCCAUUUUCCUAUCCACAUUUCAAUUUUCAAAAUUUGAGUCUUUCUGGAGAAAUAUCUCAAAUCUUAGAGUUUUUCCAGUGUUAGUUUUGUAUGACAUUUGAAAUCAAGAAAGGAGAUGAAGAUUUUGAUUUUGCUUAUUCCUAUUUGGGUUUUUGCAACUCCUUUGUUGUGUGCUCCAGUGGAUGUAACUCCACAGUCUCCUAGUGCAGACCCAGUUCUUCCUACUGAAAAAGGUCCCGUUUUUCAAAUUUCUUCUGAUAAGGACGCUCCUCCUCCUGGAGUCGCAGGGUUGAAAGUGGUUCACCACCAGGAUCUGAAUAAGAAAAUUUUGAUUUCACUUAUUGUUGCUUCAACGCUCCUUGCUGGAAUUCUGCUGUUUUCAUCUUGCUUUUGGAUAUACAGACUGAAAACGCUGAAGAAAUCCGCUGAACAAGGCGAUCAAAAAGCAGAGCCUGUGAAGGGGCUUUCAUGGGGUCCUAUAAUGACCAAGUUCCCUUCUUUAAAAACUGUGGGUAAGAAAGGACUAGUUGCUGUCGUCGAAUACCAGUCAUUAGUAGCUGCAACUGACAAUUUCAAUGAAAAGAAUGCUAUUGGAGAAGGUAGAUUAGGAUGUGUGUAUAAAGCUCAAUUCCGCAACAACGUCCAAGCGGCUGUUAAAAGAACUCAUGGCAGGGAACAGGAUGCUGACAAAGAGUUUGAGAAUGAGGUCGACUUGUUGAGUAAAUUUCAGCAUCAAAAUAUUAUUUCGCUUCUUGGGUAUUGCAUUCAUGGUGAAGCACAAUUCCUGGUGUAUGAAAUGAUGCAGAAUGGAUCUUUGGAAUUCCAAUUGCAUGGACCUCCGCAUGGAUCAGCUUUGAGUUGGCAUCUUCGCAUGAAAAUUGCAUUGGAUGUGGCUAGGGGACUAGAAUACCUCCAUGAGCGCUGUAACCCCCCUGUAAUCCAUAGAGAUCUCAAAUCGUCUAAUGUUCUACUGGAUUCCAACUUCAAUGCAAAGCUUUCUGAUUUUGGCCUUGCUAUAGCUGGAUGGAACCUAAACAAGAGCAACAUAAAGCUUUCAGGAACUCUGGGUUAUGUGGCUCCAGAGUACCUCGUAGAUGGGAAAUUAACUGAUAAGAGUGACGUCUAUGCUUUUGGCAUUGUACUUCUUGAGCUUUUGCUGGGGAGAAGACCAGUGGAGAAACUAGAGGGAUCUCAAUGUCAAUCUAUAGUCACAUGGGCGAUGCCACAACUUACUGACAGGUCAAAGCUUCCAAAUAUUGUUGAUCCUGUCAUCAGAAACGGAAUGGACCUCAAGCACUUGUAUCAAGUUGCUGCUGUAGCCGUGCUAUGUGUACAACCAGAACCAAGUUACCGACCACUGAUAACAGACGUCUUGCACUCCUUCAUUCCCCUUGUGCCAAUUGACCUUGGUGGGUCCCUGAAAGUUACGGAUUCUGCACUAUCUAUUAGCGCAUAACAAGAUGAGUUGCUUCGUUCAAAUUUUACUUUGGGCACUGAAGCUGGGAUCAGGAUUAAUAAAUCAGCUAGCGGAGAUAAUGUAAUAAGUACUGAAACAAGAUCAUCAACAUCCAGCUUGGGAUCCUCAGAAACAAAUUUCUUGAAUAGAAGACAGAGAACUGUGGAUUCUAAUGACACUUCAACGGGAGUUUCACCCACAAGGCUUUCGUCUUUUGAUCAGUGGCAUCCCAGUUUAGAGAGCAUCUCUGAGGAAUGACAAGUUUUUGCAAAUGCCAAAAUUAUCAAGCAUGUUUUUUUAAAAAAAAAAAAAAAAAUUAUUUCAACUGUUUGUUGUUGUGUCUGUACAUGUGUGUCAGUUUGUAUGCACUUAAAUGCAAUUCUCGCAAAUAUAGAGGACCAAAUUCAUGUGUACUAAA